UUGACAUUUAUGUCAACGACAAUAGGAGUUCAGAGCUUUUCAUGUAGAAUGUCACUAUCAGAUCCCAGGGACGAGGACUGGGUUCCUUCGGAUGAGGAAUCCACUUCUACGGCUCCACUGGCUUCAGCACAUUCCUCGAGUUCCUACCCUCCGACUCCAGACUCCGAUUCCUACCCUCCGGCUCCACACUCAAAUUCCUACCCUCCGACUCCACACUCAAAUUCCUACCCUCCGGCUCCACACUCAAAUUCCUACCCUGCGGCUCCACACUCAAAUUCCUACCCCCCGACCCCACACUCCGAUUCCUACCCUCCGGCUCCACACUCAAAUUCCUACCCUCCGGCUCCACACUCCGAUUCCUUUCGAGGAUGCACUCCGUCAGAAGAGGUAAAUUUUAAAACGCAAGUACAAUAUAUAAACAUACUAACACCAGUUUAUAAGGGAAUCAUUGGGACAUGAAUUGUACGAUCUAUGUAUCCUACUGCACAUAAUAACCAAGAACUCGAAUUGCUGAAUAUUUCCUUACAGUUGGGUUUCACUGGACCUCUGGAAAUACGGAGUGCAAGGGAUAAGAUGUUCCUUGACGAGGCCUACCAGCUCAGUGGCCCAAAGUCAAGAGGAGACAUGUUGGAAACAAUCUCUGAGUUUCCGAAAGAGGUUCUUAAAGAAGGCCUUCUAUACGAUCAACAAUGUUCCAUCACACGGACUGAGGCAGUCCGGACGGCUAUAAUCAUCAAGCAUGGAAUUAAUUCGGACAGGGUCUUCCGGAGAAUAAUAGGGGCAGACAUGGCCUUCCAGGACCAUGGAAAGAGUAUGCAAGAUGAAACGAUGAGAAUGGAUGUCAUGUGGGAAAGAAGAGGAUAA